AGGCUUGGAACGCAGUAGCUCUGCAGCAGGGCCAGGGCGUCCGGAGUUACUGUGACCCACGUGAGAAGUGUAUGGCAGUCCCUGGGCAAUGAAGUUGGCACUGUGCUGAGUGACUGAGCAUCGCUACCACAACCAGGACUGUAUUCCAGUUACUGAAGCAAUGUCUACUGCAAAGGAGAAGAAAUAUGCAAAACGGAUGCGGAAUCAGCCGUCCAAUGUGAGCUUGGAUAAGAGUGACCAGCCAGCCAAAAAUGGAGGGCGUGAAGCUUUUCAUCCAGACAAAGACGGCAGUCCUGAUUCUUCCAGACAGCAAGAGAGGGGUUCACACUUACAGUCUAGAGGAGGUAGAGGAAAAGAAGGACAGAGUGAGGCAUCUCGGGUUCCAAAAUAUAUCACAGCGACAAUGUUUGCUCAGGCCCGAGCUGCAGAAAUCAAUGCCAUGGUUAAGGCAGUGUCACAGAAAUCUUCUAACUCCUUGGUAUUUCAGUCCUUACCCAGACACAUGCGAAGGCGAGCCAUGGGGCAUGACAUUAAACGACUGCCCAGAAGACUUCGUGAGAUUGCUAAAAAAGAGAUUGAGAAAUCUGUGCACCAGAAGAAAGAGCAGCCGAAAAGCAAAUGCCGCAAAGCGCGUAGACGCCAUGGGAAUCUUCAGUUGGAAUUUAACCGCAGGCAGCGGAAGAACGUAUGGCUGGAAACGCACAUAUGGCACACAAAACGGUUCCACAUGCUGAAGAAGUGGGGGUUCUGCUUGGCAGACCGGCCUACAAUGAAAAGUUACCGAGCGUGUUAUCGGGCCAUGUCCAAUCGCUGUCUUCUGCAGGAUGUAUCAUACCUCUGUUGUGUGGAGUUAAUGGGAAAAGAGGAGGCUCUAUUGCAGGCGUUGUCCAGACUAUGCAGCAUAGAUACAGGCCCUUCCUUUGCUGCUGUGGCCUGUCUGGCUGGGAAGCGUCAGGGCUCCCUAACCCUCUACAGAGCUGAUAAGUACCCGGAGGAAACAUUAGGUCCCGUUACCUUUAUUUGGAAACCCAGAUGUGUUCCAGAAUCAACGUGUGAGACUAGGCAACUGUGGAUCUGGAUGCACCCUGGUCUCAAGCAGGAUAUCUUGAAGGAGCUGAGGCUGGUGUGCGUAUGUGAGGACAGACCGGACAAUGCAGUCUCCAGCCCGGAGCUAGCACCUGCUCCUGCCCAGGAAGAGAAACCAGCAGGUGUGAAGAAGGCAGGAAAAAAGAGGAAAGCAAAGGAUAACAAAGGAGAAAAGGCCGUUCCUGUGAAAAGAAUCAUCGGUGAUGGCACAAGAGCUAUUCCUGAGCCUUAUCGGUGGACUUCAACACAAACCAAGAUUACCAUUCGGGAUCUGACCAUGGAGUUUGUGCGGUAUCGGCUGAUUGGCCCCUACUCCCACUGCGUGCUCACUUCCACACUGCACGCUGCUUCUCUUCAUAAAGAAACUGAAAAUCCUGGACCUCACAGCUGGUGGGCAGAUUAUUGCAAGAGUCCAGAUAAUGUUCAGCUCCAUAACCGUCAGGAAUCCUUGUUCCAGUUACUGCAAGGGAUAGAAUCUCCGGCCCAGUUGCCAUUCGGAACCAUUUUGGGCCUCACUGUUGGCGAUCCAAGACUGAACUUGCCUAACAAGAGGACAACCAUUUUCCCGAGUGUAGAAAACUAUGAAGAUGGAGACAAAGUGAAGUCGUUGGUGAAGUCCGGUGUCCCGGUGGAGUGCGCUCAGAGCCUUAUAUGGUCUCCUGACGUUCGCUCACAUGUAUUGGACAAUAAAAUACCAGAGCAGGAAAUGAACAGGCUGAGAAGUGAGCUCCUGGUGCCUGGUUCACAGCUUCAUCUUGGUAAUAGUGAAUCCAAGAUACCAGUCCUAUUAAUCCAGCAGCCUGGUAAAGUCACAGGGCGAGAGCGUCCAGGGUGGGGAAGUGGCUGGGACAUCUGCCUACCAAAAGGAUGGGGAAUGGCUUUCUGGAUUCCUCUUAUUUACCGAGGUGUCAGAGUUGGCGGUUUACAGCAAGCAUUGCAGCACUGCCAGUAUAUGGGAGCGCCAUUUGUUCCUGGGGACUUCCCGGAUACCCCAGCCGGGGUCCAGUCGGCACAGGAGACUGCGGACUGUUUGCUAGGCAAAUAUACCAGACGUCCACCUGCAAAGCGCACAAACUUUAUCAAGCACGGCAUCCUGGCGCCUUUCUGCUGUCCCUGGGAUCAGCUCACGAGAGAAUGGGAGAUUCGGGCUCGCACCGAGACGGAGCUCCCUGCAGUUAAACAGCAAGAGCACAGUGCUCUUUCAGAGGACACCUGUGGUGCAAAGACUGAAGUACAGGAUGAUAUAAAAGCAGAGAGCAGCGCUGCAGCCGGAACCGGAAGCCAUGUGGUACAGGGAGAAGGCGCAACAUGUGGAAGAGGUUUCUCUGUACUAAGGAACAAAAAGAUCCUGAGGACACUAUCUACAUGUUUUGAUCCAUUUAGCCGUGAAGGUCUGAAAGCAAGAGCGUUGUCAUCCCAGCAAAUGUCCACCCUGCUAAAUACUUUUCUGAGAGACUUCCCAAGAUCAUUGGUUUGGGUCAGACUGUCCAUGGUGACCAAAGGAAAUCCUGAGCUCCAUUCUCUGAUCUGCAUUCCGUCUGAGCAGGAUUUGCUUCAUCUGCAAAGAAUGAAGUCAUUCCACGGUCCCGAGGAGGCCAUGCACAGUGACCCCUUCAAGAAUAAAAUAAUGAAACUUAAAAAGGACAUGAAAAAAGCCAAAUCAAAGUCCAAGCAGGAUCCUGAGAAAGCCGAAACCAAAGAGGCCUCCUGUGAAAGGCUGACACUGGGGCUGUGGCCAAGUCCUCUACCUGAGGUCACCACACACUGCAGCAGAGUCCUCCUUGGUUAUGUCACGCAUGGAAACUUCUCCAUGGUGGCAGGGUGUGGGGAGGCUUUAGGAUUCGUUAGUCUAACAGGUCUAUCACACAUGUUGUCUCGUCAGCUCCGGGACAAGAUGGAAUAUGUAUUAAUUCGAUGCCCAACAUCUUUUCAGUACAGAUUUGCCAAAUUAAGCAUAGAUAUAUAAAAAUAAAAACACAGAUUAGCUUAUUUUCAAACACAAAAAUGUAAGAUUUAAUUUGUCUAGAACAUAUUUUCCUACUGGUGGCUUCCGUACAGGCAGCAAGGCAUAUAUCGUUUUAUUGUUUUGUUUUGUUUUGUUUUUUCUUCUGGUGUGUGUUUUUUUUUUUUUUCUGCCCUGUGCCUUCCUGGAGCUGUAGCUUCUCAUGUUCGCCAUCCUCCACUGCAUUCUAACUGAAUUAAUGUUAGAUAAGUCCUCUUUAUUUCACCCUACAAAUUGGUAAUAAUGACACAAAAAAAGUGUAAAAUAAAGUCCCUGUACAGAGUCCCCAACACUCCAGCUACUCUAGGCCUGGUCCUGUGUGACCUUCGCUGAAAUCUGGGCUCACAUAGCAUCUUACAAAUCGUUUAAGGAAACAGCGGGUAACUGGAUAAUCAGUACCUGUCACAGCAGAGGUCUAAUCUAAAAUGCCUGACUGACACACACACACACACACACACACACACACACACACACACACACACACACACACGUGGUUUUGUUUUCAUUAUCUGAGCGUCCUUGGUUGCAUACUGUGUAUUUUCAUGAAUUUGCAGCCAACCUGCUUAUAAGAAAUGUACGUCACAGCAGCAUGCCUUAUUUCCAGUUUGCUUCAUGUGUGUAAAUAUACUCAGAUUAUUCUACCCUU